UUGGACACUCAAAACAAGGCCAAGUAGAAUAAGCCACAUAGAUAAAAGGUUUUGUUAAUGUCCUAAAUAGAGAGUAAAUUUUUGUUAGUGUAGUUUGUGUCUGAACUCAAAUGGCUGUGGUUGGUCCUCUCUCUGUGAUUUUCAACCUUCUUCUCUCUUUACUUGUAUGCCAUCUCCAUUUCACCAUUCUCAUUCAAGGAAGCGGAGGUGAAGGGAGAUGGGAAGAUAAGUAUCCAUUUAUAAGAGAAGCAAGUAGAUUUGAUGAUUAUAAAAAUUCAUAUGAUUAUAUUAUAGUUGGUGGUGGAACAGCUGGUUGUCCUUUAGCAGCCACAUUAUCAAAAAAAUUCAAAGUUUUAUUAGUUGAAAGAGGUGGAGUUCCAUUUACAAAUACAAAUGUGUCAUUCAUGCAAAAUUUUCACAUCUCUCUUGCUGACACUUCAUCUACUUCUGCUUCACAAUUCUUCGUUUCUACCGAUGGGGUUUUUAAUUCUAGAGCUAGAAUUUUGGGUGGAGCCACUUGUAUUAAUGCUGGCUUUUAUACUCGCGCUGGUCCCAGGUACGUUUUAUUUUACCUGAUUCAUAUAUUUUAAAAAAAAAUAAAUUCA